AAAGCAAAGUGCUCUCUCUCUCUAUCUCCAUCUCUUACAGUAGUCAAUUCGCAGUACGUCUGCAGAUUCCGACAAUACUUUGCCGCAAUUUUGGCCGGAAUCUCGAUUUAUGGUGUUUUUAGGGUUUACUGAAUCGAUCGUUUCAGGAUAAUCAGAAGGACGGCGAGCACUCGCUUCAGAGUUUUCGCUCUUUUCCUGCAAAAACUUCACAUGAGCUAUACUGUGACCAUUUACUGAAUCUGAUUACUUUUAGGGUUUCCAUCGCCGACUCCAGUCGAUAAAGAAGUGAUUUUUGGGAUCAAUCUCUGCCCUUACAAGAACAGGAGCAUGGACGCAGGUUGUGUGCCGUGUCAGGGCCUGCAAACUUUGACAUGAACUCGCCCGAAUCACUGAAAGUGAUGAGCUCAUCUGGUCACGACAUAUUUUAGUAAGAUGCAGUCCCACUUUCUCUCUCUAGAUUCGCUACUGGACAUAAAAAUCGCAAACCCCGGAGCUUUCUCUCUCUAGAAUUGAGUGGUUGAGGCCUUGAAACCAUGGCGGAGGAGCUCGAUGAUUCUCUCUCUAGAAUCCAUAGGUUUGGGGCUCAAAACCACGUUGCUCAACAAAGCCGGCGUGAAAAACUGAGGGUCCAAAACACUUCAAAUCUAGAGAGAGAAACAGUGGGGCUUCCGAGCCAUUUGAUAAACCCUCUAUGCGAUUCAUCAAUGGUGUCUUCUGAAAUGCUGAAUUUUAGAGCUCAGAGAGUUUCUUCUGAGGUUAACAGUGAAGUUGUGCCUUCGGAUGGGGGCCUGGUGCAAAAUCCAACUCUCUGGAAAGGCUUAAUCGCACCUCAAAAUUGUGACUGGUUUUUGAACCAUUCUCAAGGAAAUGGUGCAAGUCCUUCUUCCUUGAACAACCAUGACUCGUUUCUAACACCCAUGUUUGGUAUUCUCUCUAAAAACCUCAAAGAUGGUAACUCCUCAGCUUAUCAGCUUUUACUUAUGAACAAUGAGUACAACAAUAUUGGGUACCCACAAGAUUUACAGGUUUCAAUGGCUUCCCAAAACCCUAACCCUAACCCUAUUUGGAGUUCCAAGGAUGUGUAUGAUGGAGAAAACCAGAAGCCAUAUACUGAAUUUUCACGGAAUUUUCGUGGAUUUGAGCAGAGUAGCCAAGGUCUUGAUUUGGGUUCGCCCCGAAGAGAUAUUAAGGAGUCUGUGGCCUCUGGUUUAUGGCAAGAGAGUGCGAGCGGGCUAGUCCUUCCCAGCUAUGGAAAUCAGAGCUCUUUAUCAGGGCUUUCAGAGAGGCCUCAAACUCAUCAAUGGUGCAACGGCGAAGGUGAAGCCCAAAUAGUUCGAAAGCAAGAUGGGCAUGAUGCAAGAAGUCAGAGCUUAGCUCUCUCUCUAGCCUCGCAUCGAUCGACUGAUACUCAACUGCCCCAAUUUGAAGACGGAUUCAACAAUUCGCAGGAAUUGGUAGUGAGAGAAAACAGGUCAGAGGGUUCAUUUCCCAACCCUUUCUAUGGCAGUACUUCUAGAGAGAGAAACUUCUCACCCUUAUCGCAAGGUUAUAUAGGCGGCAGCUCCAUGGAUGCUCAAAGGAGUGCAGGUCCUCUUGGCCCUUUUACUGGUUAUGCCACAAUUCUUAAGAGCUCAAAGUUCUUGAGACCAGCUCAGCUUAUCUUAAGUGAGUUUUGUAGUGUGACAAAAGGGGCUAUAGAAUGUGGAAUGAAGAAGCCAGGUAUUAACAGUGAUUCGAUCGAAAGGGGUUCCAUGGUUUUGAGGGAUGGCGUUAAUGUAGACAGUGGUGGCAUUGGAAGGAAUGGAAAUUCAUGUGUUUCUUCCUCUUCGGAUUAUCCCACCUCCAUUGAAGGUGGUAAUGGGGGCGGAGAUAAGAGUGGUGGCGCAGUUUGUGCAGGUGAUGGGAUUGAGUUUCAUAAGAAGAAGACUCGGCUCAUGGCUUUGUUUGAUGAGGUUUAUAGACGAUACCGGAUAUACCAGCACCAAAUGCAAUCUGUCAUCUCUUCAUUUGAAUCCAUUGCCGGUCUCAGUGCCGCCACUCCUUACACUUCUCUUGCCCUAAAGGCAAUGUCUAAGCACUUCCGGUGCCUGAAAAACGUGAUAUCCGAUCAGUUAAAGCAAAUGAGCAGUCUCUUGGGUGAGGAAGAGAGCAUGAUUCCGGCUGGUGGUCCUAAUUUUGGUAAGGGAGAUACCAUUCCAAGGCUUAGGUUUUUGGAUCAAAGGAUUAGGCAUCAACAGCAACAACGGCUAAUGGGGCUUGAGCAUGCGCGCCAUCAACAUGUGUGGAGGCCACAGAGGGGCCUGCCGGAGAGGUCGGUGGCGGUUUUGCGAGCAUGGCUGUUCGAGCACUUCCUGCACCCAUAUCCUACUGAUAACGACAAGCAUGUGCUGGCGUCCCAAACUGGUCUCUCUAGGAAUCAGGUCUCCAACUGGUUCAUCAAUGCUAGGGUAAGGCUAUGGAAACCCAUGGUGGAAGAGAUCCACAUGCUCGAGUCCAAAGAGUCAGCCGAAUUCGACCAGAAUUCCAGCAAGAAUGACCACAGUCCAGCCAACCCUGAACAGGCAUCUAAGAAACAAGGCAAGCAAAGCAUAGAAGCCCAAUCAAGUGAGGAUCGAAGUUUUUCGGUUUCUUCAAGGGUUGGAGAUCUCGAGCAACCGUCAAAGCGGCCAAAAAUGGACCACUGCCGGAUCCCGACUAGCUACGUGGAUUUUCCCGUGUACCCAACUGGGGUUGGAGCUGUUUCUCUCACUCUAGGGCUUCAACAUAGUGGGGUGCAAGAGCCUGUGAGCUUUGGGCUCCAUGAAAAUAGUAGCAGUAGUGGUUUUGUAGUUGAGAAUUUACAGCAACAGCUCAGGAAGCAAAUUCCUGGCCACAUAUUGCAUGAUUUCGUAGGAUAAUUAAUGGUGAGCUCUUUUCAUGGUUAGAUUGAAGGGCCAAAAGAUAGAGCCACAUUUUGUAUAUGUUAGUUUUGAAGGAAUAAGGAAAAUAAUUUGUAAA